AUGGCAGUCGUGAUCCAAGAGCAUCCUCCGCUUGAGGGCAAAGCCCCAGAAACCGUCUCCCAAGCAUCUGCUUCUACCGAGACACUGAACGAGAUCCGGGUACCCCUUGGCCUUGAGGCCCUUGAGCCCUCAUUUUCACUUGCCGAUCAUCUUCGUUCUGUCGACCUUGAUAUUUCAUUCAUCCACGAUGUAGCCGACAUAUACCUCUCACCGUUCAGCUGGUCAGCUCAGAAGAAGACAAUCACCCUUCUGGGGCCUUUCAUGGCAUCUACCCUUGCGGCAUACGCCGCCGGAGCAUAUGCUCUUGCUUCAGAGCCUCUUCGCAACAAAUGGGACAUCAGCGGUACCCUCUUCAACAUCGGAAUCACCCUUUUCGUUGUCGGCUUCGCCUUUGCCCCCAUGGUUCUUGCUCCCAUCAGCGAGACGCAUGGUCGAUACUGGACGUUCGUGGGCUCUGGAGUUGUUUUCUUCCUCGGAACUCUUGGAUGCGCUCUCACAGAAAACUAUGUCGGCAUGAUGGUUUCUCGUCUGAUCACAGGCAAUGGAGCCGCAGUCUUUGCAACGCUUACGGGUGGUGUUGUGAGUGAUCUGUAUCGCAAAGAAGACCGCAAUACACCAAUGGCUCUGUAUUCUAUGACAAUAAUGGUCGGUGCUAGUCUUGGACCAUUGAUCAGUGGGAGCGUCGUGGACCUUCUCGGCUGGCGAUGGAUCUUCUUUAUCCAGCUUAUCACAAUCGGCAUAACUACAGUCGUACUGUUCUUUCUGUUUCAGGAGACACGAAGUAAUGUCCUUUUGCGCCGGAAGUGCCUCAUGCUGAGUGGAACGCCAAUCAAGUCAACAACAGGGGCAAUGAUCACCUUUGCUCCUGCGACCAAAGAAUGCCUGGACAUAGAAAUCAGCAUGUUAUGGCGAGGCUUUGCUUUCCCACUACGGCUUCUUUCGAAAGAGCCUAUUGUGUUCUGUAUGUCUUUAUGGGUCUCCUUUGCCUGGGCAAUCAUGUACAUGCAAUUCAGCAGUAUUGGGCUGGUGUUUCGCAGCGUAUAUGGCUUCGAUAACGCUCAGGUCGGGGCAGUUUACUCAGCUACUAUUGUUGGAUCAAUCGUUGGCAUCGGAAUUUCACUGCUCCAGGAACCGGCCAUGAAACAGGUGCUAACUCACAAAAAGCCGUUGUCUACACCCGAACAGCGUCUACUCUCACCAUGCAUACAGUCCAUCCUUUUACCGGUCGGCCUCCUCUGGUUCUUCAUGACAGCCAGACCAGAUAUUUCGUGGAUAUCUCCGUGCAUGGCCCUCGGUUCAUGUUCAAUGGGUAUAUUCAGCAUCUAUCUCGCCGUAUUCAACUAUCUUGCUGAUACAUAUCAUGGAUACGCCUCAUCGGCACUGGCAGCUCAGAGUUUAUGUCGAAAUAUUUUGGGCGGAGUAUUUCCACUUGUCACGGCUAGGAUGAUAAGCAGUUUGACACUGAAGGGGACUGGUGGCUUGCUUGGUGGCCUUGGGCUAUUGUUGACUGGUAUUCCAUGGCUGCUAUACAUUUAUGGGCAAAGAAUUAGAGCUCGCAGUCCAUUUGCGAAGGGCAUGGAGUGA